UAAGUGAAAUUCGUGUAAAUCUAAAAAUCAUGGCGAACGUUUACACAAGAGACGAGGUAGCACGUCACAAUAAAGAAGAAGACUUAUGGUUGGUGAUGCAUGGUGGAGUUUACGAUCUAACAGAUUUUCUAAAGAAACAUCCUGGCGGAGAGGAAGUAUUGAUCAACUUGGCCGGACAAGAUGGUACCGUGUGCUUCAAUGACAUCGGACACAGCGGGGAAGCCAUAUUCCUUAAGGAGACUUUCAAAAUAGGCGAGAUAGUGAACGAUAAUAAUGCUACGACCACCAGCUCGACCUCCGACCCGAUUCAAGCAACGGCAACAGCAACUAUCACAACAGAUGAUGACAAUUGGGAAUAUCAGGAAGUGAAAGAAGAGAAAAACAGGACAUUAUCGUUUGCGGUUGCUGCAGGUGUUCUUAUCUACGCCAUCUUAUUGUAUUAUUAUUUUUUUUAGCAGGAUUAAAAACAGCAGAUAACUUUCAUAUAAUUUGUAAUUCACAUAUAACUUUUAAUUCUGUAUGUAUUUUGAAAUCAAUGAUACAAACAUUAAGAUAUAGAUUAUAUAUAAAAAUAAUAUGGCGAUAUCACUUUGUAAUAUAAUGUAGGAAACUUUGUUUCCUUAUGAUAUAUAUAUGUGUGUGAAGAAAAUAAUUUGUGGGUAAACAAGUUCUCUAUCCCUUCUACUCAAUUUAUUCUUUUUUUUCUUUUAAAUAAUUAUCAAAAGAUUAAAUGGACCUUGGUCAAAAGACAGCUAGUUAUCUCCACUUUUUCUUUUUUUUUUGUUGUACUUUGAGCGAUGGUGACAAAGCUAAUAUUGAAUAUUGAAUUCUCUUUAAGUAUGUAAACUCACUCACUCACUUACUCACUCACUCUCUCUCCCUCCCUCCCUCUUUCUCUCUCUCUCUCUCUCUCUCUCUCUCUCUCUCUCUCUCUCUCUCUCUCUCUUUCUCUUUCUGUCUCUCUCUGCUACGUAUUAUAAAAGAAGAUAUACGUAUACGUAUAUGAGGAUACACGAGCUCAUACACCUUCUUGGACGCAUGCGCACGCACACGUAUAUACACCUAAACACAAACACAUACGUACAUAUAUACGGACACGUAUCGCUCAUACACGUCAAUGACUAAGCAUUUUACGAAAACAUUUGUAAUAACCAUAACGAUAAAUGUAAUCGGUACUAAAUAUUGCAUGUACUUGACAGCAAUGAUUGUUGCGUAUGUCUUACAUAUUUUAUUUUAAUUUACAAAUCUCCCCCCUUAUUAUAGUUGAAAAAUUUUAGUUUAAUUAUAAUCCGUAAAUAAUAAUUACGAACGUUACGAUCCAAUUGAUAUACAUACGUAAUCUUAAUCGAAAAUAUACAUGUAGAUAUUUAUUCAGUAGAUAUGAUUAUUUUACAAAGUUCCAAGAAAAUAAUAUUUUCACUGAUUUUAAUCGUACGUCAGUUUAAAAUAUCGGAAAUUGUAUUUGAAAAUGUUUAGUCAUUCACAAGAUUAUAAAAAACGAUGUGGAAUCUAUCGAUAAACGAAAGAUAAAAUUCUUAAUAUAGAAAUUUAUUUCCGACGAAAAAUAUAUAAAAAAGAAAAAAAAAAGAAAAGAAAAAAGAAGAAAAAAAGAAAAUUUCCAAGUAGUGUUUCAAUCUCCCGUACCUCUCCUUCCCUCCCUACGUCUACAAAUACGUGCAUGCGAGAACACUAAUUUCAAAGAUAAAUUUUGAAAACGAUCAUUCUUUUCGAUCUAACGUUUUAAAAUCUUUUAAUUUGAUCUAAUCAGUGACAAAAAAAAUCCCAACUUUAAUACAGAAUGUGUGUAUAUGUGUGCAUAUAUUUAUACAUACACACAAUAUAUGUGUGUGCCCAAGCGUGUGUGUAUAGAAAAAAAAAAAAUAAUAAUAAUAAAUAAAUAAAUAAAUAAAUAAAUAAAAUCGAAAAUGUCGAUACUUUUCUCUUUCCUUAUAAAUAAUACAUAUAUAAAUAUUCUCAUUCCUUAUAUACAUAUAUCAUUUGGUUCAGAUUCGUCUCUUCUCUAAAAAAGGAUGAUGAAUCUCGAAGGAGUUGAAAAAAUUAUCAUCAGGGUCGUAUUCGUUCAUCGCUUGCUACUCGUUUGAAAGGAGAUAAACACGAAGCGGGAAGAGAUUGGUGGGGUCGCAUAACCGAUUGAGAGAGCGAGUGAGCGAGCGAACGAGAGAAAGACAGAGAGAGAGAGUGAUCGAGAUAAGAGGUAGAGGAAGGGGAAAGGGAAGGAUAAAGCUCAUCGGACGUCGGCCUGUUAUUUUAUAUCGGCAGUGCUUCUGCGAGUGCGGUUGUGCGAGUGCGUCUCUAUCUCUGUUACUCUCUUACUCUCUCCUUAUUUCAAUCGCUCCUUUGUUAUAUCGUUGAAUCCUGUUGCCCUUUCACUUUGUCUUCCUCCUGAUGCACAUCGGAAUUUCAAGGACACAACCAUAAGAGCAGCAGUAGCAGCAGUAACAACAACAACACAACACGACGACAACGACGACGACAUAAUAGCAGCAAUAGCAGUAACAGGAUAUAACAAAAGUGAUUAUUGAAGUGACGAGGAAGAUAAAAAAAAAGAAAAACAUAAAUUCAAAAAGUAAAAAGGAAAGAAAAAGGACGAGAAACAAGAGAAAA